AUGGCUAGUCCUAAAAGCAUUUUCGUGACUUGGUUAGCCAUUUUGCAUCGGUUGACAACUAAAGAUAGGAUGCUUAGUUGGGGAAUGCAGAUUGAUGGGGUAUGCUGCCUGUGUGAUGCAUCUUCAGAGACUUUAGAUCACAUUUUCUUCCAAUGUGCUUAUUCUUCAGUGAUCUGGCACAAAAUUCUGGGUUUGUUGAAGAUAGGUAGAAGCAGCCUCACUUUUGACCAGGAAGUAAUGCAAGAAGCUGCAACAUGCCGACAUCCUACUCAACAACUUCUUGGAAUGUGCUUUUCUCAAUCAGUGUACACAAUUUGGUUACAAAGAAACAAGAAAAAUUUUACGGGAGAUUGUGAGAGGCCGGAAGUGGUGUAUAGAAAUAUUAUUUUUAAAGUUGCUUGUCGGUGUAACGAUGUAGUGAAAGCGAAGUUGAUUAUAUAA